CAUCGCGUCAUGCGUCAUCCCAGGGCAGGAGGUCCUACGGCUCAGAGCUGGCGCGCCGGAAAGCAACGAAACAAGGAUUAAUCCAAAUACUAUUGAUGGAACUAAAAUUUGAUUUUCUUUGGGUAUUUUAUGUAUUCAUUGUUGAAGAUACAUUUUCAAUGUAGUUUUUAGUGAUUGCAUCUUGACAUCACUUGUUUAUUCCAACACAAGGAAGCGCUCGGCCCUGCUAACUCUAUUAGCUAACAUUAGCUCCAGGAGACUGGUAGCUAACAUUAGCUCCAGGAGGGCCCGCUACGCGGCUGAAGGAAACAGUUUAUCUUGAAGAAGCUCAAAAGGAAUGAGUGAUGACUUCUGUUGUGAUGUCAGACAGCGGAGGGAACAUAGUUGAAUAUGUCACCGUGAUGGAGGACCCACAGCAGGGGGAGCAGGGUGACCAGUAUGCCUGUGAGGAGGAGGAGGUGGUGCAGCAGGAGGAAGAGGUGGUGAUCGAGGAGGUGACUGGACAGGAGGAGGGGGAGGAGGAGGAGGGGGAGGAGGAGGAGGUGGUGGUCGAGGGAGACGAUGGAGGCAUGGUGUUCCAGGAGGUGGAGGAGGAGGAGGAGGAGUGCCCGGCAGUGAUCGUGGAGGAGGUGCCCAGUGCCCAGGUGGAGCAGUGCUACGCCGCCCAGGUGCUGGUGUACGGCGAAGAGACGUACUUGAUGCAGGACGUGGCCGAUGAGCAGGAGGUGGUGACGGAGGUGGUCGAGACGGUGGAGAUGUCGGGUCACGACAUGGUGUGUUUCGACAAGACGUUCGAGGCGGCCGAGGCCCUGCUCCACAUGGAAUCCCCCGGCCUCGGCCUCCACCCGGAGCGCAACUCGGAGGACGUGAUGAUGGAGACGGUGGUGGAGGUAUCCACGGAGUGCGCUCCGGUGGAGGAAGACUCCUUCCCUGUUCCCUCAGAGUGUGAGCCAGCGGUGAAGAAGAGGAGAGGCGGAGGACGCAAACCAAAGACGCACCAGCCGGCCUCCAACGGUUCCUUUGAGCUGGGGAUCAAGAAGAGACCGAGGGAGAGUAAAGGAAACACCACCUACCUGUGGGAGUUCCUGCUGGAGCUGUUGCAGGACAAGAACACGUGUCCCAGGUACAUCAAGUGGAUGCAGCGGGAAAAGGGCAUCUUCAAGCUGGUGGACUCCAAGGCCGUGUCCAAGCUGUGGGGGAAACACAAGAACAAGCCCGACAUGAACUACGAAACAAUGGGGCGGGCACUCAGGUAUUACUACCAGAGGGGCAUCCUGGCCAAGGUGGAGGGCCAGCGCCUGGCCUACCAGUUCAAGGACAUGCCCAAGAACAUCCGCGUGAUCGAGGACGAGGACGGCGACGAGGCCGAGGACGCCGAGGGCGUGAUGGUCAACGAGCACCAGAUGGCCGUCCACCACCUGGCCCAGGAGCAGAGCGGCGUGGGGCUGCCGCAGCACAGCUACGUCACCGUCAUCCCCGCCAACGCCGGGAACAGGUCCAUCCGCACCCUGCCCCUGGUGAUGACCAACUCGCUGGGCCAGGUCACGUUAAACUCCUCCCCCAUCUUCACCACCUCGGGGGCCGGCGGCGCCCUCACCCUGGGGGGCUCGUCCGGCGGCCCGCCGCCCAAGCUGGUGAUCCAGGCCAUGCCCUCGGUGCUGCCGGCGCCGGGCGCCAAGGCGGGCGAGAAGAUCACCAUCAUCACCAUCCCGGCCAACCAGCUGGCCAGCCUGAUGCAGGCCAACUCGGCCGGCCAGCUCACCCAGUUCCUCCAGGCCCGGACGCUCGCCGGGGCCCACCUGACCACCACGCAGGUGGGCCCCAAGGCGGCGGCCCCCCCCCCCUCCGCCGCCGGCGCCACCCUGCAGCUGGCCCCCGGCCGCCAGGGGCCCCAGCUCAUCCUGGCCAAGCCGGCGGCCCUGGCGCAGGCGCUGCCGCAGCUCACCGUUCAGCGCGUGGCGCCGCCGCCGCAACCCGCCGCCGCAGUCGUCACGGCGACCGUCCACGUGUCUCCCGCUCCGGUGGCGGCGGUCUCCGUACCGGCGGGGCCGGCGCCGGCCCCUCAGACUGACCCCGCCGCGGCGAGGGGCCCCCAGGAAACGGGGGCGUCGCCUGCCACAGAGGACUCGAAGGACUCCUAGUCCACCCCCUCCCCCUCUCCCCCCCCCCUACCACCCUCCAUCCUCCCACUCUCCAGGCCAAAGACCCGGGGGCCCCGGCGUCCAGGGGCCCCGGCGUCCAGGGGCCCCGGCGUCCAGGGGCCCGGGGAGGGUUUGGCGAGAGAGAAAUGACUCUGGACUACUGCUAGAUAUCAGCACAGCGCUGGACGUCUCCCCCAGGCUGAGAACAGGGCCCAGGGACUCCUCCCAUUGGCCCAGGCUGAGAACAGGGCCCAGGGCCUCGUCCCAUUGGCCCAGGCUCAACAUGGGGCCCAGGGCCUCCUCCCAUUGGCCCAGGCUCAACAUGGGGCCCAGGGCCUCCUCCCAUUGGCCCAGGCUCAACGUAGGGCUCAGGGCCUCCUCCCAUUGGCCCAGGCUCAACGUGGGGCCCAGGGCCUCCUCCCAUUGGCCCAGGCUCAACGUGGGGCCCAGGGCCUCCUCCCAUUGGCCCAGGCUCAACAUGGGGCUCAGGGCCUCCUCCCAUUGGCCCAGGCUCAACGUGGGGUUCAGGGCCUCCUCCCAUUGGCCCAGCUCUACCAUCUCAUUUGGAAACCUAAUUAUCCAGGAAGGGCUUCAAAAGUCCCAACAAAGCCGGAAAAAAAAGGGACCCUCUUUCUACGUCCGCUUCACAGCUCAUCCCAUCCAACAUGGAUGGGCAGCCUUAGAUUGUUAAUUGUACAAAUGCCUUUUGUAAUUAAAACAAAUAUGAAAAAGCCCAAGCAGACUUUGUUGUACAUAAAAACGAAAAAAAUAUUUUUUUUGAUACCCACCUGGCAUGUGUCAUUGCAGCAGACACUAAUUGCUAUGUUGUUCUGCUUUUCUUUCAAGCAACCCCACCACCCCCCCCCCCCUCUGCUUUCUGUUGUCCAUUUUUUACCAUACAUAGGGGAGUGAAAGGAUGUCUGCUUAAAGAAUAAAUACUUAGACAUUGUGCGCUUUUUGAAUAAUAUACUAUUUUUUCUUGUACUAUCAGUGUAUUGAUGUAGAUUUUACUUAAAUAUGUAUUAUAAAAAGAAGUGAAUAAAACUCAA